AUGAGUGCCGCGCAUGCCCCCACUGCUCCCGUCCACCCCGGCAGCUUCGCGGCUGACGGUGGUAGCAACGGCGACGACAACGGCGACGAUCCGUCCCGCGAUAAGCCCCUCAAGCCUGCCCACACAGUCGACGCGGAGCCCAUCUUCUCCGGGGACGAUGACGAGGAGGAACAGGCGGCGGACGACGACGCCGGUGCCCCUAGUCCUGGGGGGCGGCCGAAGCAGGCCGAGCCGUCCGGGCUGCAGCAGUGCAAUGUCUGCAACAAGGCCUUCGGUUCAGUGAAAGCCUUGCAUGGGCACAUGCGGAGCCACCCCUUGAGGAAGUGGCGUGGGAUACUCCCGCCGUCCAUGCGCCCGGGGGCGGAGCAGGAGGUGGCGGACUCCUUGCUCCUGUUGUCGGGGCAAGAGGAGGCGUCGCGGAAGAGGAGGUUCGUCUGCAGCGGGUGCAACCGGGAGUUCCCCACCCGGCAGGCGCUCGGUGGCCACCGCGCCAGCCACAAGAGCCAGAAGGGCUGUUACGAGAGGGCCAAAGAAGCACGAGAGUAUGGUCCCAGAGCCGGCAGGAGGAGAGCCAGGAAGCGAGGGAGCAAGGAACCAGGGCCGUCGGAGGUCAAGCCGACUCCUACACUGGCGACGACUGUGGUGGGGGCAUCGACAUCGACAAUGGCAGCGGAAGGGACUACAAGGACGAGGAGGAGAGGGCUGGACCUGAACCUACUUCCGGCAUCCUCAGAUGAUACUACCGGAGGCAAUGGCAACGGGAGUUCGACUUCCAGUGCGUUGGCCGGACAAAGCCACAGGGAUUCUUCCCACAAAGACUCAAAGUAA